GUGUUUGCAGCAGCGACCCUCAACCAGACUUUACCAUGCACUGCACAUGUGGUGGAUGGAGGCGGGGGCUUCCUGUCAGCAUCACAUCUGGCUCGCUUUCAGUGAAGUGACAUUUACCACAAAAAACAACAGGGUGGAAUUAUCAGUUAAUCUUCCUAUUUUUUAAAUUAAUGUAUUAACCUUUGAACACACAAAGCAAAGAACAUAAACACUGGAGCUCAUGUGUUAAAAGGUUAAAAAAAAUGUUUCCAAAGUGAUUUGAUGGUUUUGUAUUGGUGCAUUCAUUUGUUUAAGCAGACUUAUGUCUGCUAUGUGUUAAAGCUGCUCACAUGUUAGUAUAACUUGAUGUGUAACAUCAGUUCUGUGCAGAAAUCCUCUGGGCUUCUUAAGUUUUGUAACCGUGUUUGGUUGUUGUUGUUUUUUUUUCUUUCCUCUGCAGGUUUUUGCAGAAAUAUAAAAUUAAUGUAGCUGUCUCUGAAAAUGCACUUCAUGUGAAUAUGAGAGAAUCCAUGUGUUGAGAACUUUCAUGUGCUGCUGUGGGGGACAGUCACAUGAGGGCUUUGUGUCUUGAGCAGCAGCUCCUCACUUCCUCUGACUGCAGUGGUUGAUGUGCACAGAGUCAAAGGCUCCCACCGCUCAACCUUUUGAGGGGUCCGACUUCAUGGAGAUCAGCUGCCUUCUGAACACAGGCUGGAGUUUUCCUGCUCUCUGAGGGAUGCAGGGCUUCAGCAAAUACUGAGGUGAGACUACAAGCCCCAGCGCACGUCUGCCAUGACAUGAACUCCUCCAACUCCACCGAGUGUGCAGAUCAGAGCCAGGACCUGAAGUUCUACAUCGUCAUCGCUGCUCUGUCCGUCAUCAUCGUGGUCCUCACUGUGCUGGGGGUCAGGCUAUUGGGAAAGUAUCGCUCCAUGGUCCGUACCGUUGCAGCGCUCCAGCGCAGCAAGCUGUUUUUUCCACAGAUACAACCUCCCAGCAUGCCGAUGGUCGCUACUGCAGCAGAGGAGGAAGAGCAGGUUGACGAGCCUCUUCCUCUGCGGACUCCUCUGCGGAUCAGCAGCACACUCAGGUCCUGCUCAAAGAGGCUGAGGAAAAGCCAGGACCAGUCCCAGAACCUUCAUUUGACCAAAUCAGACCUGAACCUGCUACACCUGAUCAAAGCAGGUAAGGAAGGGGUCUUCUACCAGGCCAGGAUGAGCAGAGGGACAUGUAAAGGGCACACCAUGUUGACCUGCAAGAUCAGCAAGGAAGGUGUGCGUCUGAAACAUGUGGAGACUGAGGUAUCCAUCAUGAGGAAGUUGAUGCACCACAAGAACGUUCUGCAGCUGCUGGACUGGAACACCUCAGCAGAGCCGUUCAUGCUGAUCAUGGAAUACGUGAGUGUUGGGACUUUGAGAACUUUCCUCCAGACCAACAGAGUCCACCUAAGCGGAGACCCUGAGCUGCAGAGUCUGCUCACCAUCGCCUCCUAUCACAUCGCUCUGGCCAUGCAGCACCUGCGCUCCAAAAUGAUCCUUCACUGCGACUUGGCUUUGAGGAACAUCAUGGUCAACAAGUUUCCAUGGGAGGUGAAGGUGGCAGAGUUUGGUCUGGCUCGAGAUAUGAGCCGCAUGGCCAGCCGCCGCAGCACUGGUUGGCAAAGUCCACAGCAGCGGGUACCGCUGCGCUGGUACCCCCCCGAGUACUUCAAGAACAAGUAUUACAGCUUCAAGGGAGAUGUGUGGUCGUUCGGCAUCGUGCUGUGGGAGAUGCAGACAUUUGGUACCCUACCGUAUCCAAACCUGGAGCGCUCAGAGGAAGUGGUGUACCACAUCUCCAUGGGUCAUAAGAACACCAACCCUGAAGGCUGCAGACCUGAAAUACUCCACAUCAUGCGGGACUGCUGGCAGGAGCCUCACACCCUGAGGCCGUCCUUCUGCGACAUCGUCUGCCUCCUGGAGAACAUCCUCGAGAACGAUGCA